GCCUAGUUGUCACAUGAAUGUACCACACACAAAACAAGAGGCGCAGUUUAAUUAAAGCUUUGCCUUCUGUUUACUUGUGCUAUCAGCCCACAGAGCGCGCGCACAUUAUUGUGAUAAUUACCCGAAACUAAGUGUAACAAUUGCAAAAACUGAAAACUCCCAGCAGUCGUUAAUCAACGAUCGCUUGAUGGAGUUUUCAAAUCUUCAUUUUACGCUUAUAUAAAUAUUUAUACGUUACAUUAUUAUUUUGUGAUUCAAUUUUUAAAAUGAAUUUGGUUUUUUUACUUUUUAUAAACUUAUUUUGUGCAACCACAGCCUCUGGUCCCGUUGUUGAAACUUCGUUCGGACCAGUAUUGGGAAAAUGGAUGAAAAGUCACUGGGGGUACAGAAUCGCUGCCUAUCUCGGUAUACCUUAUGCUGAACCACCACUUGGUAUUCUUCGUUUUGAGACUCCAGUUCCAUGGGUAAAUAACUGGACAAAACUUCGCGACGCGACGGAAGAUGGACCUAUGUGUCCGCAAUUGAAUCGUUUUGGAGAAUUUGUAGGAGACGAAGACUGCCUGCAUCUCAACAUUUUUGUACCUGAGCUUUACAGUUCUGAAAAAUUGCCCGUUUUGGUGUUUGUUCACGGGGGUGCUUUCAUAACUGGGAGUAAUAACAGUACUCUGUUAUCGCCAAGUUAUCUAUUAGAUCGUAAAUUAAUCCUUGUAACUGUUAAUUAUCGUCUCGGCAUACUAGGGUUUCUAAGCAGCGGGAAUGAGGCUUCUCCGGGUAACUACGGUAUAAAAGACGUGCUUGAAGCUUUAAAGUGGAUACAAGAGAAUAUCGAGCACUUUGGUGGUGAUCCAACUUCGGUAACAUUGAGCGGACAGAGUGCUGGUGCUUCACUGGCUCACCAUUUAGGACUUUCUAAGCGGACCGAAGGCCUCUUUGACAAGCUUAUCACUCACUCUGGAGUAGCGAACGCUCCUUGGGGGAUCCACCCCUCGCACCACGCCAAAAUCCGGUACACAUUUGUCGCUUUAGCCGGUCAAGUCGGCUGCGGUCAGAGUGAUGAAGAUAUUAUUGACUGUUUGAGACAAGUCGACCCCAAACUUCUGACUUUACAGCUUAGUUUCUUUCAAGUAUGGAACGGGCAUUCAUACUGUAACUUCGGUCCGACAAUUGAAAGUGAUUCUGAAGAUGCUAUUGUCAUACGACAUCCGCUGUCUACUAUUGAGCGCGGAGAAUUCCGUGAUAUUCCUUGGAUCUCUGGAGUCGUCUCUGAUGAAGGUUUACUUAAAUCAAUGAAAGGUUUAUUGGCUAACCCGCAAUUUCUCGAUGAAUUCGAAAGCAAGUUUGAGGAUGUGGUAUCACUGUACCUCGAAACCGAGGAGAUUGUUAUGAACGAAACGGUAUUCUCUGAAGAACUGAUGAACUUUUAUUCUCUGUUUGAUGGCAAUAUCUCUGAAGAAGCGUCCAAUAUAAAUUUAACCGCGAUGACAAGUGAUGGAUUAAUGAAUUAUUGGAUUUAUGAAGCUUUGAAUGCUCAAGCUAUGAAAAUGAAUUCGAGUGUUUUUUUCUAUGAAUUUGCAUACGAGGGAACUUUUACUUCAACUUAUUCAUACCAAUACCCCCAGCGAUAUGGAAUUGGACAUGCUGACGAUUUGAAUUAUUUGUUUCCAAUAAGUAAUGUUAAAUACCUAGACCUGCAGUUGCAUAACACGGCUAGUGAUGAAACAAUGAUCAAUAUAAUGACUGAAAUGUGGGCAAAUUUUGUGAGAACCGGAAUACCUCAAGCGCGGCUAACACCAGAUUGGGAACCGUAUCAAGAGGAUUUCCGAUUCAUGAAGCUCGGCAUGGGAAGAUCGCCGGUUAUUUCGAUGGAGGAGGACUUCCUGCCGAUUAGAAUGGAGUUCUGGCGCAAUCUCAUGAGUAAUGUAUCGGCACCCAUGGAACUCAUUUUCCCUACUCGAGAAGAAGAUCAAGACGAAGAUCUCGACGAGAUUCUUGAGGAAGAAAUUGAUCAAACUGAUCAAUCAAACAUAAAUCUGUUGAACCCCUUCCUUAUGCUCUUGCCGAUUUCGAUUUGCUCUCUGUACUUUGUACAUUGUUAGUGUUAGACACCGCAGUUGUUAUUUUCUUUUAAGAUGUUAACUGUUGAUAUUUAUUUUACUUUAAUUAAUCUGUUGACGUUAUUAUGUACAAUAAAGCAUGCUCUAGCGAAGAGUUAUCAUUUUUAUCGUUUGUUAUUUAGCGAGCAAACAUCCCACUGUAUAUAUUAUAUUGUAAAGCUUAUGAAGCACAGCAGAGAACUGUACCAAGAUUUGUAUAAAUUUUAUUCAGAGAAACAUUUUCAUUGACGGAAAUGUGUAAACUUAAAAACGGAAAUUCACAUCUUGAAGCGCUUUUACAAACUUGAACCAAAGUUUAUGAACCCUCCAACUGUUAAUCACGUACUACAAUCGCAUUAUAAAGUUUAGUCUCUGUUCCAACUCCUCUGAGCGUAGCUUAAAGUGAAAAACAGCAACAACUAUUCUAGCAACAGCAAUAUCUCGACAUUUCUCUGUUUGAAUAAGAUCCAAUCAAACAGAUUGUUCAAACAAAAGCUUUUGCUUAAUUUGUACAACUUUAGUGUAAAAAUUACUAAGAAAAAUUUAUAAAUAUUUAUCGAGUUUAAUUGGACUGUUAUUUAUUGAAAAAACGAGUUUUUAUAUUUACUCUUACUGUAUCUAUCUAUCAUUUUAACGGAAUAAGAAAAAUUUCUCAAUUUAAAAAUUUCAAUCAAUAAAAUGACGGUAAAUAUUGUACUUUUAAUUUAAUUAAAUAAAAUAUUGCCUGG